AACAAAAGUGACAACAACAAAUUCAAAACAACUAUGGCAACAAAAACAAUGGCAAUAACAAUGCAUUAUGCUACACAUAUUGAUGCUUUUGUUGCUGUUGUUGUUAUUUGUUAUUUUUUUCAUAACAAGCUUUGACAAUUCGUACUCGUGCUAGCCCUGCCAGUCGCAAUCGUUAAACGUUGAAGAAGUAACGGCGGAUUCAAAUUUUAUGGCAUGAGCAGGUUUACUUAGUGAAGUGCGAAAACAAAAACAAAAAUAAAGAAAAUCAAUAAAAAAAUUAGUACAAAAUAAAUUAUUACUCUGAUGUCAAAAAAAUGAUUAUUUUAUAUAAAAAAUAGUGGGUUUUAAGGAAAACUAAGUGUUUUAUGUGAAAUUAAAGUGAUGUGUCCUAUUUGUCAAACUCAUUUACAUUUUUUUUUUAAUUUUAACAAUGCCCAAUAUAACUUUUAAAAAUUUCGGCGCAGUGGCGCACCAAUUCAUUGCUCUGCUCACUACAGUCUGCAAUCGCGUAACAAUGUUGAUAUGCCGAAACAAAUCUUUUCAAUGGAUUGAAAGAAAUAUUCCAAAGGAGGGUAGCAUACCAAAUAAUGUUAACAGCAACCUUAAUCAGCUCAAUUCAUUGGAUUCGCCGCCAGCGGUGGAGGAGCAUGAAACUGCACAACUGGCGCACAAUAAUGCCAGCAACAAUAGCACCAAUGAACAGUAUUUGACUCAAGUGCUGGUGGUGAAUGACACGAAAAUUGAUGCACCAACACUGCCGGCAAACGUUGAACCAAUAGCACGAAUAGUUUCCAAUGGAAAUGAGAUCAGGUCGGUCAUUAUGGCGCAUUGCAACGUCACUGCACCGAUUGCACGUGAGGAAGAAGCAAAUUGUGUUUGUGCCACAGAAAAUAUCGAAAACGGUAACGUAGACAACGCGGUUAAGCGCAGUAAAUCGCGUGUUCGUAACUAUCUGAAGAAAUGUAAAGACCGUUUAACUGGUCACUGUAAUCAAUCAACAAAUCUGGAAUCGAUUACUGAAUCAAUACCAACAACUGUAACAACAACAACAGCUGCAAUAACAACUACAGCAACAACAACAACAAAUGCAACAGUCAACACAAUAACAGAUACAAUUACUGCAUAUUCUCCUCCUGUAGUCCAAGCACUUGGGACAAUAUGUGAAAGAUCUGUUGAGUGUUUAGCGGAGAUGAAUUUAACUUCAUUAGAUGCUGCUGAUGAGGAUGAAUGUUCCUAUGAUGAUAUUAACUUUAGUUUAACCUCAUCUAUCACAAUGACGGGUAAUGAAAUUAAUCCAGAUAAUUGUGAUAAUGUAACGCUAAGUGAAUUAAACUGUGACACUUCGAUUAGGGACGAACGAUUGGCGCGAAUGUUACAGCUGAAACCUAAUGUUAGCGAUUUGAUUGAUAAACAUCUGUCGCAUAUUUAUCCUGUUUAUUUUGAAUAUACACGCGAAGUUUUAAUACUUCAAGCCUGUGAUGUACUAAUUUCUUCCUUUGACGGCAAUCUUGAACAGUUUGAAGAAGAUUUCUUACUUAGGUACGCAGAGAUUGCAUCCAAGCUCAAAGAAAAGCACACAAUUGGAGAGAUUCAGGGCCAAGUGUAUCACCAAAUUGGUUUUUUAAUGCCGAUGCCCAAUAAUGAUCCCAAAUUUCUGCAAAUCUACUUCAUGGGUAAUGAGAAGCAGCAAAGAAACGCACGUUGCCAGUACAACCAUAUCGAGCAGAUGGAGGAGCAAGAAAUUGUGGGUAUUUUAGAACCGUUUUUAAAAAAUCACAACCAGUUGGUCCAGUUGUUCAAUACCGUUUCAAACCGACUGCUAAACGACAACUAUACAAUCGUCAUAAAAGCAGACAAAGUACCAUCUGGGCAGCAUGCGGGCCGAUAUAAUGCACCGACUAUUAAUGAAGUUGCAGUUGUUAUGGUUGGCGACGCAUUUGAACGUCAAGAUAUAUGA